AUGGACUUCGGAAUAAGCACAGAAUUGCAGAAAAAAGAGUCCGUUUCCUUCAAGGGAAUGAAUAUUCCGAUGGAAAUUCUAGGGAAUAUCAGGUACUCCAUUGCAACCCCAAUACAGAGAAAAGUGAUUCCAAAGUUGCUCCAGGGAGAAGACGUUAUAGCAAUAUCCAGGACAGGAAGCGGUAAAACGUACGCAUACGUCAUCCCCAUACUUAUGCGCCUCCUCAAGGAAAGAGUGAAGAAGACCCUUUUCACAAAGGCCAGAGCCCUCGUGAUUGUUCCCACGUACGAAAUAGCACAGCAAGUCUCCGAUACCUUCAAAGAGCUCAGCAGUAACGGAGUCCACCCCGCACUUUUCACGGGAAUGGGAACAUUCGCCCACUCCCUGAACUAUCUCGUCGUUGGACAGUUCGAAGUCGCCAUCUGCACCCCCGGAAGACUCGACAGACUCAUGACGGAAAUAUCCGCAUCCCAGCCCGGAAGACCCCUUUACGUCCGCGUGGAGGAGGAAAACGUAAAGAAGGAAGUCACCAUCUCAGACGCACAAAUUCUCGAUAAAAUAACAAACCCUGAUAUUGUCGUUAUAGAUGAGAUGGACCGAAUAUUCGAGGAUAGAUCACUCGCAGAGUCUCUCGACGUAAUCCUCGGGCAGAUCAAAACAAGCCCACAGUACGCCCUUUUCAGUGCAACCCACCACACGGGAAAUACCCACAUCAGAAACAUCCUCAACAGAAGGAUAGAGACAGUAGAAGUCCUCGGAGGAAUCACCGAACACCUGGAGGAGAGCAGACUCGUGAUAAAUAACCUCUUCGUGCAGGAGGGAAUUAAACUCCCAGUGCUCCUCGCCCUCCUGAAGAAGCACCGCGAGAAGAAGGUCCUUGUCUUCGUGAGUACGUGCAGGAGAUGCCCAGGAGUAGCAGAAGCCGUUAGAAUAAUCGGGAGAGUUGCUCACAUUCUCAGCUCCUCAGAGUCAGAGGAGGCAAGGGCACUCUCCGUUGAGGCGUUUAAGAAGGGAAGGGAUGACGUCCUUAUUUCCACAGACGUAGGAUGCAGGGGAUUAGAUAUCCGAGGAGUCGACGUGAUCAUAGAGUUCGACUACGCCCGAUGCAGAAGCACGUGCAUCCACAGAGUCGGGCGCAUGAAUAGGGGGAAGACGGAGAGGGGCGAACUCGUCUCUUUUGUUGGGAGUCCGGAUAUUCCCACGUACUUGGCCUUUGUACAGCAUAUUUACAGCGAGAAGAGGAGAGACAGCACGAGAGGAGCAAAUUUGUGCGUGGGAGAAGAUAGAGGGAGUAUAUGCGCACAGAACAGACAUAGAUCGUGCAUAUACCUAGGACUGGGGAGAGUGCCCGUUUCCUUCUACGCGGGAGUCCAGGAGGCAGCACAGCGCGUGGAUAUACAUCCAAGUCACGGAGAGUCGUAUAAAUCGUACCUGAAAACGCAUCCGGUAGAUACUGGAGUCGUCAGGGGAAGUCUCCACGUGGACGUGCAGGGAAUUGAAGUGCACCCGGUCUUCGGAGUCAGCGAUGCAGGGAGUAUGAUGGAGGCUGUGCGGACGUACAGAAGGACGGAGAAGGGCCCGGCUUUUAGAAGGACCGAAAGAAAAGACCUGAAGUCCUCGACCGUUAACAUGGAGAAGUACCGAGACGUAAACUUUAUCCCGUACGAGAAUAAGCGCAGUGCAGUGUGCGAGAGCCCAGUCGUCCUGCAGGAGGUGAUGGGGAAGAAGCGCACAGUCCGGAAGGACGCAGGGGAGAAGUUCGCCGCGUGGAAGAAGGAGAGCAGAGAUCGCCUCAAUAAGGGACACCUUCUGAAGAGGCCUGCAGCCGUGAGCGAGGAGGAAGAGACAGAGGAGAGGAAGACCAGAAAGUCAGACGGAGAUACAGUCUCCGUGCGGAAGAUAUACGAGGCCAGGCAGAAGAAGGAGCGAGAAAGAGCCAGGAUGGGAUUCGGCAGGAAACACGCAGCAGGCGGAAGAGGAGCCAGAAACCCACGGGCAUAA